CUACGCUUUUAAAGCUCCACGAGUUUCCAAAGUGGUCAGUGUACGCUGGACGUGUCGGUCGGCUCCUGUUUAUUCUGGUGGUGUGGCUGCUGGUUGUUGACCUGGUUUUACAUGACCCGCGGCUAAAGACAGAAGGCGGUAAUUAACGGUGAUGGUCCUGAGCAAGUUAGCACCAAGCUAACGGGCCGUUGUCAGCAAGGACCCAGAACUACAGCAGCAGCAUCAUCAAUGGUGUGUCUACAUCCCGGAGCCGUCACAUAUUCCUGUGUCCGCUCAAUGAACCAUCUUCCCAGCUCUCAUCACAGCUGCACAUGUAUGGCGUUUGCGAGGCUUGGAGGGGAGUUUUGCCAAGCCCAGCACCUGCUGCUUAUCGUGGACAAGUGAACGGGAGACACCGGCUAGGAGCAAGCACUGCCACCCCCCCACACACAGGUCCUUACUGCCAUCCUGUUCAACCCAUAUGAAGACAAGCCAACCCUUAGCCUGUCACCUUGGAGAGGCUUUGGUUUUAGCCUGGGAGUGCCUCCUCUACUCUCCUUUCCUACCUUUCCUCCCUUCUGCUAUAAUUCAUACAGGCUUUUUUUGAAUGGGCUAACAGACUGGAUAGAAGGAAGCACAGAUCUUUUUUUUCCUGUCUUUGACUCCUGGACUUUGGGUGUCAUCUGGCUCAAAUAAAUCGUUUUUUUUUUAAUAAAGCCAAUUAUCUUUUGCUUCAUUGCCAAGAAAAGCUUAGAUAUUUUUUAGGCUUUCCCCCAAAAAAUUGUAUCUCCUGUUCUUUUUUUGUUAUCAAAGUAGCACAAUAUUCAUAUUCUGUGCCGAUAAAUUAAGCUGAUUUCAUAUAGUGGCAUUUUUUACCUAACUAAUAGAUUUAUCUUAAUUACUUUAAAGGUCCUGCUGAUACUCCAUUCUUUGAAGCGCAGUUCUUUUUUUGAUCUUUUAUUUCUGUAUAAAAAAAAUCGUGGACUAAAAAUGAACCGCCCAGCUCCAGUGGAGAUCUCCUACGACUGUCUGAGAUUCCUAAUAACACACAACCCCACAAAUGCACAACUGGGAAAGUUUAUAGAGGACCUGAAGGCAUAUGGAGUUAACACACUGGUGCGAGUGUGUGCUGCUACAUAUGACAAGACACCAGUAGAGCAAGAAGGCAUACAAGUUCUGGACUGGCCCUUUGAUGAUGGUUCAGCCCCUCCAGACCAGGUGGUUGAUGACUGGCUCAACCUCCUGCAGACAAAGUUUAGAGAUGAACCUGGCAGUUGUGUGGCUGUGCACUGUGUUGCCGGACUGGGACGAGCGCCUGUGUUGGUGGCCCUGGCUCUGAUUGAGUGUGGGAUGGAGUAUGAAGAUGCAGUGCAUUUUAUAAGACUGAAGCGCCGCGGUGCAUUCAACUCCAAGCAGCUCCUCUACCUGGAAAGCUACAAACCCAAACUGUGUCUGCGCUCCAAAGAUGCCAACGGGCAGAGCUGCUGCAUACAGUAGGGAACUCCACAGCACAUUGUAGGAGACUUAUUCUGUAAAUGCAUAAAGUUGGCAUAUUUACUGAUUUGAUUCAAAUCAAAGCUCAUUAAAUAUAUUUAAAGAAUUUCAUUUUAUUUCAAGAAGAAUAGAACCUCACAACAAGGUUCAGCUCUCCUGUGGCAACACAGUUUAAAGUUUUUUUUUUACUGCUUCUUCAUCUAUAACCUUAUCUUUAUUAUGUAGCAAUGGUAGGCAGAUAAUUGGCCUACUGAAACAAAUUUACCUGUCAGCAUCAUCUGGAAAUGUGACUUGUUUGGCUUUAAACAUUAAAAUUGUCAUUCUUAAAGAAACAACAAAUGCUGUUGAUGUUAACAGACUUAUUGUGAAUAAACACUUGGCAUUGGACAAACGUUUUCGUGUCAAUAGACAAUAUAAAUCAACAACAAUAUAUUUAACAGUUCAUUCAUUCUUGUGACGUCUGGUCUGAGCUAGAUAUUUGUUCUUAGCUACAACUCUAAAAUAGCUGGCAGUAUGUGCUUUUGGGUGCUUGCUGGUUUAUUGCGCACCGUGGUUCAUGCAUUUCAAACUAUUCUCACUGGCCAGCUAAAUGUCCUGCAGCCAGAAUGUGACGCAGGUGAUGAAGAAUGUUAAAAAUAAUAUUACACAAAAAGGAUUUCUCAAAAUGAAAUUAUGUGACGUGUUUGAUGAAAAAAUGGGCAAAAAACAACAACCUACCUAAUGUCUGUACCAAAUCGGAGGCAUCUGCUUGUUUAGAACAAACUCAUAUUGUUUGUAAAUGAUUGACAGGAUUUUAUAAUGUCACAAAGGCGACAGGGCCACAUGUUGAAGGUCACUUGGUGAAUGUAUAUGUAAAGAAAUGCUUGAAGGUUUUAGAAAGUUGUCUAUUAGGUGUUAGGAUAUAAACCCAGUUAAUCAUUAUCUACUUUGUAACUCACUGGCUUCUAAUGAUUGAUGCCACAAUGUUAUCCAGUGUGCUGAGUAAGAAUUUGAUAGAGUCUUGAAAAAGAGUAUAAGCAUUUUAGUUUAGAUUGUAUUGAGUUAUAUGUGCUUGAUAACAGAAUGGAACAUUUUGUUUAAUGAUAGUAGGCUUCAUACAAACACAGGAGCGUGCCCUAAUAAGGAUGGUAAUAAGAGCAUUUAGUAUUGAACAGUGAGCUUUAGGAAUCCUACACUUAUUAUAACUAAGCAAAUAACUAAUAGGUCAAUUUCCUUAAUGCUUUAUUACAUCAAUAUGAUUGUGGAGCCAACAUGGCUGCCACUGACACUUUACUAGCUAAUGUCUAGUCUUGGCUCGGCAUCGAACUGUCUGGUCAGCUACUGUGUUUGUAAGAUCCUGUUGGUCUUUGUGAUGUUACUACUUUUCUAUAGCUUUUAUUUUUUCCCUUGUACCUUUUUCUGUAUUUGUACUUUAUUUAUCAGUUCCACUGUGUUUCUUUGUGAAAUGCUCGUCUGGUGGGGAAAAAAAUCUUUCAGGCUUCUUGUAAAAUUAAAGUGGUUAGUAAUGUA